AUGGCAAUAAUCGAAGAAAGAAACAACAGUACAGUUACCAUGUUCAUCCUUUUGGGAUUCUCUGAAUUUCCAAAGCUCACAGCAGCGCUCUUUUCAAUAUUCUUAGCAAUGUAUCUCAUGACAGUGUCCUGGAACCUGGGUCUUAUUGCUCUGAUCAAGAUCGAUUCCCAUCUGCACACACCCAUGUAUUUCUUCCUCAAUAAACUCGCCUUCUUAGAUAUAUGCUAUGUCUCCUCCAUAUCCCCCAUGAUGCUCUCAGACUUCUUCCAGAAACAGAAGUUCAUCUCCUUUUUUCAAUGCACCUUGCAGUAUUUCUUCUCUGCUAGCUUGGGUCUGACAGAGUGCUGUCUUCUGGUGGCCAUGGCUUAUGACCGAUAUGCUGCUGUUUGCAGUCCUUUGCUUUACACAGUUGUCAUGUCCCCAGCUGUCUGUCUGCAGAUGGUAGUAGGAUCUGGCAUAACUGGAUUCUUUGGUUCACUUAUCCAAGUGUGUGGCUUACUUCAGCUCCAUUUCUGUGGACCAAAUAUCAUCAACCAUUUCUUCUGUGACCUGCCUCAGAUGCUGACACUAUCUUGCUCUGACACUUUCUUCUUACGAAUUCUUUCCUCUGUGCUCACAGUGAUCUUCGGAUUGAUCUCUGUCCUGAUUAUCAUGAUAUCCUAUGGUCAUAUUGUUGCCGCCAUUUUGAAGAUCACGUCAGCGGAAGGCAGGUCCAAGGCUUUCAACACCUGUGCUUCUCACCUGACAGCAGUGACUCUAUUCUUUGGUUCUGGAAUUUUUGUUUACUUGUGCCCCAGCUCGGAUGGUUCUCGUAGCCAGAACAAGUUGGCUUCUGUUGUGUACACUGUGGUGAUUCCCAUGUUAAAUCCAUUGAUCUACAGUCUGAGGAACAAGGAAAUCAAAGAUGCUCUGAACAGAUGCAAGAAGAGAAUUUUCUCCUGA